CUCAGGGAAGAAAAAUGAGGAAUGGUAGAAGCCUGUCAUGAGAGGGAAGGCAGUUGGGGAAUGGGACAUUCUGCAGGAAAGGAGUGUUUCUAACCAGGGGGAAAUCAGGAGCCUUCGCAAAAUUGUUCAUGUGGGGCUUCUGACAAAAGCCACUUCCUCUGUAGCAAAAAGCCGCAAGAUAAAAACUCCGGGCAAGUGGAGCUCUGACGUACCCAAAGUCACAAUUUACGACUCUCCCGUGACCCCACCCAGCCUGGGGAAGCAACACGAGGACAGGGCACGGAGAGGAGCUGGUGGGACAGCAGUGGGCACCUCCUGGUGAUCUGGGCACUUUCUCCUUCGUGUUCCUGGCCUGGGAGGAGCCGCUUUAGGAUGUGGAUCCCAAAGGAGCAAGGGGAGCCAGGAAGCGCCGCUGAUGGGGACAGAGCCCCUGUGCCUGCUGCUGCCCCACACUGAACAGGGAGCUGCUGAGGAGCCGCUUGGUCCAUCCCUGGAUUCUCCAAGCACUGACUGCCCAUCCACUCUGACCACAGCCGGGGCCACAUCCCAGCGCCUGCCCAGCGUCCAUCCAUGGAGGUGAGCUCCGUGUUCCCACCUCCCACCUCACCCACCCAAGGAGAUGAUCCAUGUGAGACAGAUGUCACCAGCGUGGCCAUACACAGUGUGACACUGCUCAUCUGCCUCUGUGGGCUGGCUGGGAACGGGGCUGUCCUCCGGCUCAUGGUCAUGACCGGCAGUGCUCUCUUCAUUUUUAGCCUGGCUGUCGCUGACUUCUUCUUCCUCCUCUUCGCGCUCCCCUCCGCCCUGCUCUUCCUGCUGGAGGACGUGUCCUGCUCUCCUAUCAUGCCCCUGAUGUACCUGAGUUUCCUUUUCCAGCUGUCCAUGGUCUCCUACUACUGGGGGCUGUUCCGGCUGACAGAUGUCAGCGCCGUAUCAGACAUGGACAGCCUCUGCCUGCUCUGCUGCCGCUGUGACCUUCCCCUGCGCCUGCUGUGGGUGGUGUACAGGGUCCAAUUCUGGGCCUUCUUCGCUCUCAUCACUGCCAUUCCCACGGUGACAUUCCUGUGCCCAUCACACGAGCAGGAGCACUGCCGGGUGGCUCUCAUCUUCACGUUCGCUCUCAUCCUGCUCGUCUGUGGUGCACCCAUGGUCAUUUCCACAUCAAUCAUUUUCAUCAAGGCCAAGAGUGGCUCCCAGCAGCAGCAACCCAAGAGGCGUGACAUCGUUGUCUUCCUCGUUGCGCUCUUCACUCUCCUCCAGAGCCUCUGGAAUAUCCUGCAGCAGCUCGGUUACACCGGUGUGUCAAGACAGGUUGUUUUCCUGCUUGCCUGCAUCCACAGCACCAUCAAACCCAUAAUCUACUUCUUGGCAGGGAUGUACAAGAGGCCCUGCUCUGUGAGAUCCCUCAGGAAUUCUCUCCGGAGGUUCUUUGAGGAUCCAGAAGAAAACACUCCCAGCAGCAAUGCUGUGGCCAAGGACUCGGUGAUCUGAGCCUGUUGAUCCCUUCCCCUGCACUGCUGAAGGACCCCAGGACAGUGACUGAGGGAUUCCUUGAGCCAACUGAUCCAUAAAUAUCCACGGGAUCACCCUCCCUGUGCUGGUGUAAUCCCGCAGGAGAAAGGAGCAGGGGCAGUGCCAAGGGUGAUGUGGGAGGGAAGCUCCACCAGGAGCACAUUGGAGCAUGGAUUUCCUCCUCCCUCCCGGCUCCACGUGGCUCCAAGCAGUGCAGCCGGGCUCAGUCCUGUUCCCUGGCUCUAUUCCCCAUGGAAUGACCCUCACUGCCUCUGCGCCCCAGGGAAUAAACUCCGUUUCCUUUGGCUCAGCA